AUGUGCUGGAUCUAUACAGAGGCCCAAGUGCGCAUAGAUGCAGCUACGGCGAAGUGUGGAUCAGGGGGAGUAGCCCCUGACUGCAGUCCGCAGAUCGGGGCGGAGCUCAACGUGGGCGGAGUCAAACGUUUGACGCCGCCCACGUUGAGCUCCGCCGGGGCGUAUGACAGAGAAGGAGAAGAAGCAGAGGAGAAGAAGAGCGAAGUAGCUGGCAGAAUGGAGGAGGAUUCCCUGCUUAUGGACACCUUAACGGCAGCAAGGUGGUGUGGCACAAGAUCCUUCAAGGGAAAACUUUACCUUCCCCAGGUCAUCACCAUGAACAAGGAAGAUUCCUUGAGGGCAGUGGAAAUGCUGCGCAUGUGUGAUGGCCUGGAUGAAGAGUAUAAAGAAGACCUCAGUGAACCGUUCAUGUUCAUGUUUAGUUUGCAGGCAGACUAUGAGGAGUUCUGCAAGGAAAUGAUGGACAAAAGGCAGCUGCAGGUGUUUUCCGGCUUUGAAAUGAGAUAA